CUCGUGUCGGCAGUAUCGCUGUGUCACAUUAUACAAAGCGUUUGCGAAGAAAUCGUUGCGAGAAAUUUUCAAAUAACAUUUGCCAUGGAAUAUUGGUCGAUAUUGUUAUCGAUAGUGAUCGGUGCGAUCAGCAUUUAUUAUCUUUUUAAAAAUUUUAAUCUUUUUAAAAGACAUGGUGUUAUACACGUACCGCCUGUUCCAAAUUUCGGAAUCAUGACAUCGGUUAUAUGUCGCCGAACAUCAUUCACCGAUUUCAUCUUAAAGUUAUACAAUUUUAAUCCAAACGCAAAGUAUUUUGGAUUCUAUGCCACGACAAAUCCAAUCUUCGUGCUUCGCGAUCCGGAACUCAUUAAGACUAUUCUUGUUAAGAAUUUCGAAGCAUUUCCAGAUCGUCGUGGUUUCUCCGAUUUGAAUGAUCCUUUACUUGGUAAAAAUUUGUUUUCUCUUCACGGAGAAAAAUGGCGGAACGUGAGAACUCUGUUGAGUCCCUCUUUUACGUCUAGCAAGAUGAAAAUAAUGUUCACGUUGAUGUCGGAAUGUGCUGUAGAUUUUGCUAAAUUUCUAUCGACACUGCCAGCAGACAAAAACGAUAUAAACACGAAAGAUGCCUUUUCCAAAUAUACGAAUGAUGUCAUCGCCACAUGUGCUUUCGGAAUCAAGAUCGACUCUAUGAAAGAUCCAACGAACAAGUUCUAUGUUUACGGCAAGGAAGCAACUAGCUUUUUAGGGAGCCGCGCCCUAAAGUUUUUUUUUCUGAGAACUUUUCCGAGUCUCGGACGAUUUCUCAAUGUAAAGCUUAUCAACGAUUACGUGUCGAACUUUUUCAAGAACAUUAUAAAGACUACAAUCGCUACUCGUGAUGCGGAGCACAUUACACGCCCGGAUAUGUUACAAUUGAUGAUGGAUAUUAGAGGCAAAGAAGGUCGUAGAGAACUAGACAUCGACGACAUGACUGCGCAAGCGUUCAUCUUUUUCUUCGGUGGCUUCGAUACCAGCUCAACCGCAAUGUCCUUCGCAGCUCACGAAAUCGCAGCUAACCCAGAAAUUCAGGCCAAAUUACAGCGAGAGAUCGACAACGUUUUGGAGGAGUCGAAAGGAGAAGUGUCUUACGAAGCCAUUAACCGACUCGAAUAUUUAGAUGCGGUGAUAAACGAAGCUCUCAGAUUAUAUCCACCAGUCGGCUUCUUAGAAAGAGUAUGCGACAAAACUUAUGAAUUACCACCCGCAUUGCCGAACGAAAAAUCUUUCAUCAUGAAGAAGGGUAUGGUUUUUUGGAUUCCGGUUUUCGCAAUCCAUCGUGAUAAAAAAUACUACGAUAAUCCGGAGAAAUUUUCUCCAGAGAGAUUUUUUGACAACAAGAUGUACCAUAAUUCUUCGUGUUACAUGCCAUUUGGGUUAGGACCAAGAAUGUGCAUAGCUAACAGAUUUGCCAUGCUGGAAGUCAAAGUCUUGCUGUUUCAUUUGUUAGCGCGAUGCGAACUGAAACCUUCCGCGAAAACUCCAUCCCCAAUAAAAUUCCAGAAAAGUCUGAUAAUGAUGCCGGAGAAUGGGUUCUGGUUAAAUAUUCAGCGUAGAAAACAUAUGCAUCCUGCGCUGGAGUCUACAGUAGUGAAGGGCUAAGUCUUAUCGUUAGAAAACAUUUUAAAUAAUAAUAACGAAAAAGUAUCUUGUAAUAAAAAUUGAUUUGUAAUAGAAAUUACUAUAAAUACGUACUUAUUACAUAGUAUUUGUAUUAUAUGCAGUAAUAAUGAAUUCAAAAUUAUAUAAUGUAUUGAAAUUA